CGUAACCAUCAUAACGUAACCAAAAUUCGAUCAAAAUAAAUUUGGAAUAUCACAAAAAUCAUUAUUCGCACCUGAAGCAGAGAGAAAAUGCACCAGCCUGGCCUUCAGCAGCUAAAUAGAGUGCACUAGGGCAGCAUUUCGCAUCGGAAACGUAGGAACUAGCCCACAGCGAAGCCAUGGAGGAGAAUAUGUGGAUCAUUGAGCUGGAGUCGGCACUGCUGGACGACUGCAAUGUCAACGACAUCUACGGGAUAUGCCAGGGCAAGGCUCUGCCGGAGGCACUGCGUCCGGACGUGUGGCAAGUGUGCCUGGAUGUGCGCCACAAAUCGGAUCAAAUGUCUCUCUUCAACGAGAUCUACGACCUGCCCUUCCAGAGCCAACUGCGCGAGGAUUGCCAGCGGCACGUCGAUCGCAUGGGUAACGAUGAGGAGGACAAGGUCUCGGUGGUAUCCGACCUCGAGUCCAUCAUCACCUUCUACUGCAAGAACAGAAACCUUCAGUAUGAACCCGACAACGGAUGGAUUGAACUGCUGCUCCCGCUCUUCGCCCUGAAGCUGAAUCGCUCCGACACUUUCAACCUGUUCGAGUCCAUACGGGAUACCUACAUACCCAAGGGUUGCCGGCCCAAGGGCAAUGUCUUUCAUGUCUUCCGACUGCUCCUGCUCUACCACGAUCCCGAGCUGUGCACCCUGCUGGACACCAAGAAGAUAACGCCCGACUUGUACUCGCUGACCUGGUUUCAGUCGCUAUUCGCCUCCUGCAGCAGCCUGUCGGUGAUCAUUGCCAUGUGGGACCUGUAUUUCCAGAACGCCGACCCCUUCAUGGUUUUCUUCCUGGCGCUAAUUAUCUUGAUCAACGGCAGGGAGCAGAUCCUGGAGAUGAGAAGCUCGUCCAAGGAGGAGAUCAUCAAGUUCCUGGGCCUUAUGCCGUGCGCUCUGGAGUUCGACGAUGUUCCCGACUUUUGCUCCCUGGCCCAGUACUAUGCCCUCAAGACACCAACUUCCUUUAAGACGGACUAUCUAAAGGCGCUGUAUGGCAAGCAGAAUGAUACACCGCGCAGCCAGGAGGAGGCGAACAAGGUAUCACAGGCCCUGUGCCUGCCCGUCUCCGUUUACGAGCUGGUUGAGAACUCGGCCACGGAGUUUCCUGUGCCGGAUGCAGUGCGUUUCUUUCUCGUAGACUGCCGCCCGGCCGAGCAAUACAACGCCGGCCACCUGUCCACGGCAUUCCAUCUGGACUGCAACCUCAUGCUCCAGGAACCUGUCGCCUUUGCCACCGCCGUCCAGGGCCUCCUGACCGCCCAGCGGCAGGCCAUCGAGGCCAACUCGAACGCCGGCGGCGAGCAUCUGUGCUUUAUGGGCAGCGGUCGCGUCGAGGAGGAUCAGUACACACACAUGGUGGUGGCCUCAUUCCUGCAGAAGAACACCCACUACGUGUCGCUGCUGACCGGUGGCUACGCCUCCAUCCACGACUACUUCGGCGAUCACAUGGCUGAUUGCCUGGAGGAUCACAAUGUGCGCAAGUGCCUCGUCUGCCAGCAGCACAACGUUCAGCAGACAAAAUCAGCGCCGCUUAAGACUUCAACGCCAUCCUCUACAGACCUGUUCAGCAAGUUCUCCGCCGCCAUGAAGUCAAAGUCUGCUGAGGUCAAGGGCAAACUACUAGACAUCAUCGUGAAUCCCAGUGCAAAUGGCGGAGCCACGGCAAGCGGCUCUAAUGGUGUGCAAUCGGCGCCGGUACAAGAACGCCAUGUUAGCGCGAAGGAGCGGAACGGCAAGCGCUACCGCAACGUGGCACCUGUUUUCAGCAUCGACGAUGAGAACGAGGAUGCCUUCGACGGUGCGGGGGAGCGGGAUGACCCACCGCUGACCGGCGACGGCAAGGAGAUCGUGAAUCUGAACCAGUACUUCAAGACGGCGGACAUCACCAACGCCUUCAAGUGCCAGGAGGUGCACAUGAGCGGCUACAUGUACGACAGUCAUUUGAUCAUCACGCCCGGGCAACUGGUGGUGCUGCGGGAACUGGGACGCGGCCAGGCGCAGAUAAUGGUGCGUCGCCCGCUGGCCAGCAUCGUGAAGAUCACGGCAAAGAAGCGACACCGCGACCUGAUAACGUUCAAGUACGGAUUUCCCGAUGGCGACGGCCUGCUCAUUACAGACAUGGACCGCUUCCUCAUCCCAAAUGCGGCCGAGGUUACACAGUUGAUAUCGAAGCUCAUCAUGAAGGUGCUGGACAACGCCAAGUAGAAUAAACCGGACAUCCUCCACA